AUGCCUUCCGCUUACAAGAGCAAGGGCAAAGGCCGUGAUGCGCGCCCGUCGCGCAGUCGCAACACAACCCCAUCAAAUGCGGGCGGCGCCACUGCUGUUGCAGCACCGCCCAUUCCCAGCUACCUUGAGAACGAUGUAACGAAGCUCAUUGACCUGGCUAAUGACCAAUACACCGAUGUGCUUGAUCUUGUUGCCGGCCCAAGCAUCCCCGAUUCCAAAACCCUCGAGUCCCUUGUCGAAUACCUGAAGAGCCUCAGUGACAUGGCAGAUGCUCGCGGGGAGGCUUGCAAUGCCGGAAUGCGAGAAAUGUCCCAGAAGAGGAAAGAAGUGAUGGAGGAUCAGGAGAUCAGCCGUGAAGUUAGCGAACGUGCCAAGUUGAAGCGGGAGACCGAAGACGAUGAUGAUCUGGUACACAAAGCGAAGCUAAAGAAGCGGAAAGAACGUUCGAGCACGAAGGAAGAACGGCCCUUGAAUCAUGGAGCUCAUGAUAUUGCCCGGCAGGAUGGUGCCGAAACGAAGGUUGAGGGAGCGGCUUCUCCAGUUUCCAAGCACGCAAAGAACGCAGCCUCCGACGGUAGUUCCUCGCUCUCGCCUCCCUCCAUGCUGUCUCCGAAUGGAGCAGCUGCCGGGGCCGACGGCGCAGCUGCGCCUGGCUCCCCCGACUCGGAGUCCAGCGAGGACUCUCACCAGCCCGAACCUCAGCCAGCUGUACCUCAAAUCCAGGUAUUCGGCGAUAACCCCCUCAAGUUCGACGAUCCUACUGUCUACCACAUUCGCGACAUCACACCGGGCAUGGGGGAUGAUGAGAAGAAGGAGAUUUACAGCGUUGCGAGUUUCCCCAAGAGCGACCUAGCCCACAUGAUGGCUGGUGUGCCUCCGGACAAAGACUUCAGCAAUGCAAAGCCGUCAAACCAGGUCGGCGCCAACACUUUCCUGACCUGGAUUGAGCCAUAUGUGCGAGCUCUUACCGAGGAGGACAUCGCGUGGCUGAAGGAAAGGGGCGACCGUACGACUCCAUUCAUUAUCCCGCGUCGUGGAAAGAAGAACUAUCGUCAAACCUGGGCGGAAGAAGACGGGGUCUCGUACGACCCCAACCAGGAUGACAAGGACCAGCUACCUCUGAACCAGGGUCGCGGCAACAUCGACCAGUUGACCGAUGACAAGACUGAAACCAACGAGGUUUCGAUCGGACCGCUGCUUAGUCGCCUGGUGUCUCUUCUGCGCUAUGAGAACCGCACCCUUCCCGAGGACAGCAAUACCUCCACUAAUGGCGAUUUGCCUGCCACCGAGGGUCUAAAUGGUGACGCGAUGGAAUUGGACCCGCCGAAUGGUAACUUGGAGAUCAAAUCCUCCUCGGAGAACAAGACCCUACCCGCAGCUACUACUUUCCGGGACGCUUCGCCAACUGGCUUCAAGACGUCUGUCGCCAAACUCGACCAUGCCCAGCUUGACGAGCGCGCUAAGGCAGAGCUACGAUACAUAGGAUUCCUCGGUGCCGACGAUAACCCCGAUUAUGACGCACACUACGACGAUGAAGUAGCAGAGCGCCUGCGUCUCCUCCAAGGCGAGCUCAAGAAGCAGAUCAUCACAAAUAAUGCGCGCAAGGCACGCAUUUUGAAGAUCGCCCAGGAGCACAUGGCUCUCCUCGAGUUUACCACUAUCCAGGAUGAUCUAGAUUCCCAGGUCCAGCAAGCCUAUCUCAAGCGUACUCGUACCAUGGGAAAGAGCAAAAAGGGCUCACAGGCCAAGCACCGUCCUGGCGGUGCUGGCGGUGGCGUUGCCGGUGCCGGUGUUUCCCGUCCUGCCGUCGGCGAUGCCGCGAAAAUCGUCAUGGAUCGAAGAAAGCGCUGGAACGAGGCCUUCCUUCCGAUUUUCGAAGAUAUCAAGACUACUAUCCCGUCUGAGAACGAAACGAUCUUCGAUCCCGCCAUCAUGGCUGAGUACGAAAAGGCCGAAUUGGAAGCUUGGGACGAAGAGUAA